AUGAGGGCUCAGACCUCCACUUCAUCCUCAUCUUUGCAUUACCUCUCCUCAUUGGGCGAGAUGGCCAUCAUCGCCAAUACCACAGCUUGCGCCAUUGCCGCCAGUGUCUCGUCUUGCGCCCUCCUCGAUCCGCUCUGCGUGCCACGAUGCGCCCGCAUCCGCUUCUCCGCUUCUCUUCAAUGUCAUCGUACCGCCGCUGCGUCCCCCCUCAACCAGCCCUCCGAUGCGACCAAAUCCGCCUCCCGCUCCCCGUCCGCCAACCCUUACGACGUCUUCCGCCCGGCGCCCGUUUCCCCCGCCAAGGCGCGCGUGCGGGCCGUGCUGAAAAUUCUCAUCCCCGCGGCCGUACGCGCAAUCAACUGGGCGGGGCGGCAGUGCGGAGCAGUUGCGCCGUGGUUCCGCCCGCUGGACUGGCUGAUCCCCUUCCGCGAGGACGCCAUGCUGCGCUGCGCGCAGUGGUGCACGGGACUCUCGGACUUUGGCGACACGAGCUUCGUGACGGCCAUGCGACUGGCGGCGAAGGACGCGCGCGAAAACGCGAACCUGUCGACGUUUGGACGGAUCGCCAUCUGGCUCGACGUGCAGCGCCUGCUGCAGUGCAGGCUGCACCUGGUGGAGCACCGCAAGCAACACCCUGAGAUCGAGAACGAGCCCAUCAAGGCGCCGCUGGUGGUGCUGGGCAUGCCGCGCACGGGCACCACUCUCCUCUUCAACCUGCUCUCGCUCGACUCGCGCACCUUCCGAACGCCGCGCACGUGGGAGUGCCACCACCUGUAUCCGCCGCCGCAGCGCGCCACGUACGAGAGCGACGCACGCGGGGGGCUCAUGGAGGAGUCGCUCUUUGCGCUGGACGCUCUUGUGCCCGACCUCAAGCAUAUCCACCACAUGACUGCUCAAGGCCCACAGGAGACCUUUGAACUUAUGUGCUACGAUUGCACGUCGUUUGUGCUGCCAUUCGCGUACCUGCACGCACCACAGUACCUGGACUGGUUCAUGGCAUCGCACAUCACGCCCACCUACCGCUUCCUGCGCUGGCAGCUGCAGUACCUGCAGCACCACGGCCCCUCCGCGCCGCACUGGCUGCUCAAGAGCCCCGAGCACAUCUUCUCCCUGCCCGCGCUGCUGCAAGUCUUCCCUGACGCGCGCGUGGUGUGCACUCACCGGGACCCCCUGCGCGUGCUGCCCUCCGCCCACUCGCUCAUGCGCUGCUUCCGCUCCCUCACCUGCGAGCACGUUGACGAUGCCACUAUCUCCACCCUGUGGGCCCCACAUCUGGCUCGCGCACUGGACAACAUGAUAGCUCUUCGGGAGAAGGCUGCUGAGAGGGAGAAGGCUGCUGAGAGGGAGAAGCUGCGGGCCGAGCGGGACAGCCGGAGGGAGAUCGGCUUUCAAGACUCUUCCAGUGAUGACUGCAGCAGCGUGUGCAGCGACAGCAGCCGCAGCAGCGGCGGAUUGGGCAGCACGAGCACCGACUCUGACUCGGAGCAGGACGAGAAUAUGGAUGGGGACGUUGAGAGCACCGGAGAGAGUGAUCAGGAGCAGGAGGGGGGAGACACUGGUGAGGGAGAGGAUGAGGCGGAAGAGGAAGAGGAGGAAGAGGAGGAGGAAGAGGAGUGGAGGGCGUCGCUGGCAGUGGAUGUGCUGUACCAUGAGUUUGUGCGCGACCCCAUCGCGCAGGUGAAGCGCAUCUACGCGCACUACGGGGAGGAGCUCUCCCCCUGGGCUGAGCACCGCAUGCGCCAGUACCUCGCAGAAGAUGCCAAGGAGCGCAAGGCGCAGCGCCAUGUGUACCGGUGGGAGGACACGCACCUGGACAAGCAGGAGCAGCGCGCUCGCUUCGCUCACUACGUGGCGCACUUCGGAGUGCAGCACGAGGCAUGA